AUGGUGGCAGCAACGUGUGUUUACGAAGGUACGGCAAGUGAGGUUGCUGCGCAAGAAGCGAAGCUUAAUGCGAUAGCUGCAAAAUUUGGUGGAUUAAGUGGUGGUGAAAAGAAUGGAAAGUAUGGUUAUCGGUUGACCUUCGCUAUCGCUUAUCUUCGUAAAGCGGCUCGUGAUGAAAUAAUUGCUUGUGGUGGAAGUAUUUCACAUCAUCAUGGAGUCGGAAAGCUGCGUAAGGAAUGGUUGCCCGGUACAGUUGGUGAAACCGGAUUAUUAACUCUCAGGGCAAUUAAGCAAAAACUCGAUCCUACGGUACGUAAGGUUUUUGCUAGUUUUUCAGAUUUUUAA